ACGAAAACGUGGUUUCGUGAAAGAAACAAAAUAUUUAUCCGUGAAUAAAAUCGUGUUCGCUUUUGUACUGUUUCGCCGCGUGGCACGCAGUUUGACGAUCGUUAGCGCAAAACUGCGACCGAACAUGGAGUACAUCGCGUUAGCCUAGCCCGGCUCGUGACGGCGAAGGAGAGCACGCAAAGGCGUCGACGUUGACCGGCGAGAUCAUUUUCUUUGUGAACAUUUUGUUUUUAAUAUUUUGGUUGUGACUCGAGAGUGUGUGGUGUGCGAGUGCAAAGUGUUACUGAGGGCAGGAAGCUGAGCUUUGCGGGGGGCAAGAUCUUACCAGUGCGGUUUGUUGUGGGGUUUUGGGAUUGGAGCGCGUUCAGUGUAGUGCGUUUUAGUGUGUCAUUGCUAUAUUUUUACCUGUUUAUAAAGUACUUGUGCGUGAACGGUAUCGGCCGGGAGCAACCGCAAUUGAAUAUAAAACACCUAUCAGCCGUCUCUUCUACUACGCUUGAUCUGUCCGGAGCGCCAUUACGCCGAUUCCGGAACUCAUCGUGUCGCAGUGUGCGAAAGAAUGGCUUCUACACAGGUAUCACAUGGAUCCAGUGUUAGCAGUAAUACGGUGAACAAUAACAAUAACAACACCUCCAGCUCGUCUUACGCUAACGUGUUGUUGAAUUUGAAGGAACAGGGCAAAGACUCAUCGAACCAGACCGACAAUAACAAGGAAAACAUUGCCAGCGAGCGAGCAGCAAGUGGCACCCAGAACACCGGCAAAGGCAAAUCUAUAGUCGGUCCGACACCAGUGAGGGAAGCUAUGAUGCCUGGAUCCGCGACAUCAUCCACCACCGCUACCAGUACUUCAUCGAUUGGCACUCCAGUCGCGUCCACGGUGGAUGGCGGGGCAAAAGAUGCGCUCAACAACGAGCUUGACGCAAAAAGAGCUUUCGAGGAAAUGGAAGACGAUGCCAACUUUGUCCCAGUCGUGUCGCAUCACAAACGCGAUCGAAAAGCUAAGGCUGCUGCUGCUGCUGCGGCCGCCGCCGCUGCUUCCGUAGCAAGCAUACCGGGCGCUAGUUCGAAAUCGGCCGGAGAAAAAGCAUCAGGGACUGGAGCUGCAAGAGGGCCUGGCAGGCGCUCUGCGGCUCCAGGGACGCAAACGCACGGCAAGCAAACCAAGGUCACAAACGAUCGUGGACCAGACGAGCGGGGCUCUUACAGGAAAGAUUUCGGAAAGAGGAAAUCAAGUGAUCGGAGCCGUUCCCAUGCCAACAGCACUGUCGCCGGUGAAACUGUGAAGGAAGAGAAGGCACAUGAUUCAUCGCUGGAAGGUGGUGCUGGAAACGCCACCGGUGCUGGCGGUGGCGGAUCUGCUAACAAACAGCAACAACAGCCGGUUGUAACCGGCGCUGGUGUAGCGUCCGGCACUCCGGGAACACCCUCGGACGAGGAAGAUCGUGGUAAAGAAGAUGGGAAGAAGUUUGUUGAGGCACCGCUUCCGAAGGUGAACGCAUGGAAGGUCACUCCGUCCGUCGAACCGGCACCGAUUCCACCGAAUGAAACACGUGUGCAAAGCAAAUCGAAUGCUAACACCGUGCGUGGAGCAUCAGCAGCAGCAACAGCAGCAGCAGCGCCUACCUCGAUAGUUACAGCACCAACUGCCACCAUGAGCACAACUAGCACGGCUACGGCUACUGAAAAACCGGAGCUUUUAAGUGGAUCCAACGAAAAGCGCGUUGCACAGACCAAACAGCCAACCAAAGCCCAAGGAAAUGGCAACAAUAAAGCAACGUCCAAUGAUCCAAACGGUAGCAAAUCGUCGGCACCGACCGGAAAGUCUGAUAAAAAGCGCAACAACGCCAAGGCUGCUGACUUCACGGCGAACAGUGGCGAUUGGCCGACAUUGGGUGAGAAAAAGGCAACCAGUGCUGAUGGGCCGAAAAAAGCCGGAUCUAAUGAUGCGGCCGUAGAAAAACAAAACGCUGGCUCCAAGGUACCGGGUACAGUGACAUCGACCGCUACCGGUGGGGUGCAGCAGAAACCGACCGACACCCCAAGUAAUGCCGCUUCAUCCCAAUCGCCGAAAAAGCAUCAGUCCUUAGAUAACGCCUGUGUUGAAAGUGUUGCAAGCACUUCAAAGAACUCCUCGACGAACAGCAGCAACGUCGUUAAAGAUAAUACUACCAAAACUGUAGAACCGAUCCCGUCUCGUUCCACUGCCAAGUCUCAGAAUCAGCCCGGUUCGAAAGCAUCGAGUGAAGCGGAUUCAAAUGGUAAGAAAGUAGCGGCCACCAGCGGUGGUGAUAUUGCCCAAGUGCAACCCGCAUCGUCCAGUUCAGUCGCGAAGACACCAAACGAUGUUGUUGCUGGUACUGCCACUGAGCUGGAGCAAGUGUCGGGCAGUUCACAAAGUCGGCCCCAUAGUGGUGCCCGAGGAGCUGCAAAUGAAACUGAAGCGAAUGGAACGACUGCAACCACUACCACCAACAACAAUAAUAACAACAAUACCCGUAAAGGACCGAAACCGAAAUGGGUACCGUUAGAAAUUGAGCUGCCAAAAACGAGGGAAAGACGGGCCCGUACUCCUAGGCACCGACGGUAUGACGACUACGAUGAAGGAAGUUGGCAUCAGCAGGAUUCCGCUGGCCAGCAGCAAACGCAAUCGCAAAACACUCAGCAACAACAGCAACCGCAGCAGCAACCGCAACAACCGCAACAACCACAACAACAAUCACAGCAACAGCCACAACAUCAGCAACAACACCGGGGCAACGCUGUCUCGUCGGGUCGCAUAAACAGAGGGCGAAGUUCUCGCGGCGGUGGCCCACCUGCCUAUCGCGGUGGAAGAGGCAGCGGUCGCUUAUCUACCGGGCGUGGUGGUAUCAAUUUCGGCUAUCGGCGCGGAGGUGCUCCCAUACGGCCCGGUGGAAGUAAUCGCCAUAUCAAUGAUAGGAAUGUUGCGGCAUCGGCAGCAGGAGCUGGUGGUGUCGAAAAUGGUGUUGGUGUGAUGCCAACCGGAACCGGAGGGCAGGAUUUCCAAGACUUUGCUGCGAUGAACAGCAAAAUCGGCAGUGACCAAGCAGCGUUCAUCAUGCCUUACCUGAGCACGUUUUAUUACAACGGUGCACCACUGAUAGGAAUGGACCAGCUGAGCAUUAAAGAGUGUAUUAAGAAGCAAAUUGAAUAUUAUUUCAGCGAGGAAAAUUUAAAUCGUGAUUUUUACCUGCGGCGAAAAAUGGACCCGGAAGGAUUCCUUCCGGUGACAUUAAUUGCAUCGUUUCAUCGAGUACAAGCGCUUACCGACGAUAUUGAUAUGAUAAUCGAAGCAAUCAAGGAUUCCGACAAGCUAGAACUGAUCGAAGACUAUAAGGUACGCACGCAGGUUAAUCCUACGAUGUGGCCAAUAGCGAUGGGUAGCGAUUCGAUAGCGACAUUUGUCAAUGGUGCGAUGAGUUUCCGUACUGCUUUGACCGAACAGCAGCAGCUGCAGGAGCAGCACCACACGGCGCAAACGAGAACGAUAUCGGGAGAGCAAAAGUCGUCCGAAGUAAAACCAUCUGCGGAAGAACUGCAACAACAGUCAAUCGCCGUUGCACCGACAUCGGUUUCCGUCGCUGGCGAUAGUGCCGAUGUCGCUGCCGUGCCGCAACUGCAGGUGGCUUCGAAAAUUCUUUCUAGUAUUCCGCCACCUCCGUUACCUAGAAAUAUUCGCAAUCCCGUGAGUAAAACAAGCAAAACGGUACCGCUAUUGAUCCCCUCGGUGAAUGUGGCGCCAAUGGUAAAACCUUGCUCCAUUAAAGAAGUUGCACCGAAGGCGGCGAAUGCGGCAGCUAGUGCACCACCCAACCCAGCACCGUCCACGGAAAGUGGGAAAGUUGCAGAGGAAAACUUAAAUCCCGAUGUGCCGGAGUUCAUUCCAGGCGCACUAAUAGGGGAUAAAUCGCAACGAAGUAAAGCAAUUGAGAAAAAGCAACCAAACCCACCCGUCACCAGUGGUGGAAAGAUGGGCACCGGCCCGACUGCCAGUGGUGACGAGGGUAAAGAUGGUAACAAUGUUGUUGCGGCCGACGAUAAAGCCGUGGCAGCAUCGCAAUCCGAGGAGGAAAACAGUGAACAGCAGCAGCAACCAGAGGCCACGCUGUGGAAGGAGGUAAAGAGAAGAUCUCGAUCGAGUCAAUCUCACACUCAGCAAGCAUCGACUCAGCAGCAACCGCAAAAUCAAUCGGCACCGACAAAAAACAGUAGCGCUACCAGCAGUGUUAGUGGGCCAUUGGCAAACGACAUUGCUGGUAGCAAGAGGGCUGGAUCGGUGGAACAGCUCAUAAAACAAUCUUCGCCGCAAGUUAUGCCUCAUGAAGGUAGCCCAGCGCAAAAGUUGAGUCAGGACAAAGCGAGCAGUGGCGCGCCAAACGCGUUAUCAUCGACAGUAGCGAGCGCGUCCGCCACGGAGGAACGCGAGGAGCUGGACUUUCAGUUUGACGAAGAGUUGGAUAUUCCCCGAAGCUGUGGUGGUCGUGUAAAUCACUUCACCGACAAUUGGUCUGAGGAUGACGAUGAGUCGGAUUACGAGAUACCCGAUAAUGAGAUAAAUAAGCUACUGAUCGUAACGCAGGUUACCCAUCGAUUACCGAAGCACGAUGGCUACGACCGUACGGGAGACUUUACGACCCGUACGAAAAUCACACAGGACCUAGAGCGCAUCAUCAACGAUGGGUUGUACAACUACGAGGAGGAUUUGCUGACGAAUAAAAGUGAUGGUCGGCGCACUGGGGGAUAUCAUAAUUACCGCACGGUAAACCUUAUUACACAGGAGGAAUACGAAAAGCUAGUGACGAAGCCACCGAAGUUGGCAAACCAGGAAACACCGGCACCAUCAUUGACGGUGCCACCAAAUGUGACCGUUGUAUCUCCUCCUCCUCCGACGCCAUCAACAUCGGAGCUGCUGGACGAAUCCGGCAUGCUCGACGACCACUCGUUGCUGGAUGUAAGUGGGCUUAAUGUGAGUAGUGCUUCAACGGCAGCCGGCAACCGUCACAAGGCCCGAUUCUAUGCCGUGAAUAAGGAUGAAUUUGUGGAUCCGAUUACACCACGCAAGCGUAAAACUCGCCAUCUCACCAACCCGCCCGUAGAAAGUCACGUCGGUUGGGUGCUGGAUGCGGUUGAGCAUCGACCACGCACGACCAGCAUUGGCAGCUCGGCCGGUACAAGCCCGACGGCUUCUAGCUACGGCUCACUGCCGCACAGUUUACCAGUCUUUCAGCAUCCGUCCCAUGCGCUGCUGAAGGAAAAUGGCUUCACACAGCAGGUGUACCACAAGUACCACAGCCGAUGCCUGAAAGAGCGCAAGCGAAUGGGUCCCGGCCAGUCGCAGGAGAUGAACACACUGUUCCGGUUCUGGUCGUUCUUUUUGCGUGAGAACUUCAACAAGAACAUGUAUAAUGAGUUCCGGCAACUAGCCAUUGAGGAUGCGGCUGAAGGUUUCCGGUACGGACUAGAGUGUUUGUUUAGAUUUUAUUCGUACGGUUUGGAAAAGAAAUUCCGAACCCAGCUGUACGAAGAUUUCCAGCAGGAAACAGUAUCAGACUACGAGAAUGGUCAGUUAUAUGGACUGGAGAAAUUUUGGGCCUUCCAGAAGUACUAUAAGAACGCUUCCAAGCUCUCGAUAAAUCCUAAACUAAAGGAAUAUCUGGACAAGUUCAAAUCGAUCGAAGAUUUCCGCGUGUUAGAACCGCAGAUUAAUGAAAUGCUUGAAGGUGUUGGUAAUUUGAAACCAUGCCAAGCGAAACGUCGCCCGAGAAGUGUAUCGGAAAGUGAGGGCGUCGCAGUGGUGGUCGGUUCAGCACCGGGGCCGUCUCACGCUGGUGGUGGUGGUCAUCCGUACCAGGCCGGUGGAAGUCGUCGUGGUGGUGGCAGCAGCGGAGCGAGUACGUCGAGUCACAGUAAUACAGGUCACUACGCGAGUCGAAAUCGAUGCGAUUCAACCGGAAAUAAAACGGUGGAGGUGUCGAACAGGCUUCGCACCCGUGCCGGUUCCUUCGGUGAUUCAGCGCAAGUCAUGCGCCGCAGGAGUGGUUCGGCUGGCAAUCGUGUAGUCCGUACGUUUAACAACCCAGGUAGCAGCCAUCGUUCUCUUGCCUUUCUCACUCGUAGCUCGAUGCAACCUUCCACGUCAAGUGGUGCAGGUGGUAGUAACAGUAACGUCAGUAAACAUCAGCAGCAACAACCACAGUAUGCUGCCGGUGCCAACAAAAUGAAACCGUAUAAAUCAGUUCAAAUCAAUUACAACGCGAACAGUGGAAGUAGUGGUGGUGACAAUACUGCAGGACCGUCGGCAGAAUCCGCCAGCAGCAGUAACAGUAAAUCUAAUGACAGCAAUAUUCAUAACUAAAGCUGGGCAGAGAAUUUAAUCGUGGAUUACAAUCGUAAGUCGAUCAGGAAAGUCACGGUGUGUGAAUGUGUCGGUAUUCUCAACACAUGUGCGAGGAGGAUGGUUCUCGUGCACUAUGCUCUAAUGGGAACAGAAUCGUACCACAAUUAGAGGAAGUUGUUGCGAUUUUGCUUUCUCAUCCUUACUCUGCCACAAACCCGUUCGGUUUGUAUGGGGAAUUGUAUGGGUUUUAUUUCCUAUUGUGUGCUUUUUCGAACUAAUCUUCAAAUUAGUUUGCAAUGAGUUCAAACUAAUUACGAUUAUUCUUGGUUACAGUGUUCCCAGCCUUUACACCAUUUUGCGAUUUAAAUGGUCAAUUGAUUAAUGUUCCUAAAAAAAUCAUAACAAACCGUAACGGGAGAAAGUGAAUGAAGCAAAACGAAGGUUGCAAGCAAAUGUGAGCAAUGCGAUAUUCUGCCACGUAGCGAAAAAGCAACCACGACACGACACUACAUAAGCAUCUGCUCGAAGUCAGCACCUACGUGUAAAGUACUUUAUAUUCGCAGUGUAGCUUGCGUUCUGCGUCAUAGUUGGUUUGUAUGGACACGAUGUAGUAAAUCUUCGCAAAGUAGAAAACACCUAGCGGUCAGAUUGACCCUACUGAGGUACGAAGCAGGGAAGAUUCGAGCAUCUGGGUGGCUAUACAGAAGCUUGUAUUAUAUUAUGCAUUACACUAGAGUAAAUGCACUUUUCAAUCAGUGUUUUGCACUAAUCUAACCGUGCAAACCGGUGCAAAAUGGGGGGCAGGGGCGCCUAAAUCCGAACACUAUUACCAGUUGAAGCGUAUGGUAAUCUGUACAGUUGGCCAUCGUCCUUAUUUGUUUAUGGGUUUAUGUAUUUUCAAAUGCGUGCUGCCUAGCACGCAUGCAUCGUGCGUAUGAAAAAAGGGGAAAAAUUAAGUAAAAUUUCAUAACGUAACUCUGUCUCACAAAGCGAUUUUCCAGCAAAAGAAGCGGUUACAUUGUUGUUCUACAUUCUGUGGAACCGGCCACUUGCUUGCUGAUCGAUUUGUUUGAGGCAGUUGUCGGAAACGUCAGUAGAGCUGUGCGCGCUUAGAUGUUUAUGGGUCUUUAAACCGUGCAUAAUCCGCUUUAUUAAUUCGUGUAAGAAUGAAAUGUCGAUUUCCGUACAUAAUGUUACUGGACGUGUAAAACUGUUUUUGUUGCCGAGAGUGAACUAACAGAGCCGUUACUAAUGCAACUAGUGUGAAAAUAUGUCCUGUUUUCGUAUCGGUUUAUGAUAUGGUACAUCGAUUUUGCUAUGUUUUUGUUUUUUUUUCUUCACCCCUUUUGGUUCACACCAUUGUGCCCCAUGCUUAACCCCACAUAUUUGAUUGAUCACUUGUGUUAAGCACUAUUUGCGUACGAUACGAAUAGUUUUCUAUUACUGAUGUAAUUGGUGUUCUUCUUUUCAAGCGGACCUAUCUUUUUGAUAAAAAAAAAAACGUUAAAAGUCCCUUUCCUUUAAUUUACGUUUAUUUCUUUUCUCUGUGGGAUUAUUGAAUUUAAUAUUCGAUGAACGAAGUUACUAGAAGUGUAAGUGGAAUGACUAAGAGAUACAAAAUACACACACACAUCUUCUUAGUACGUAGGCGCAAAGUAAAAUAGGUAAAAAGAAAGAAAAAAAAACAAAAAAAAACUAAAUAAAAGAUGGAAAGCGAAAUUAGCAAAAAAAAAAAAAAUUGUCGAAAACUCGUUGCUAGCUACAAAUAGAUUCGGAUUAUGAACGGUAAAACAAAAAAAAACAAUUGCUGAACCGCAAUUCAUUAAACUUAUAAAUAUAUAUAUAUAAACCAAUAAUUGUAAAUAUUAUACUUUAUAUCAGUCAGUUUACAUAAAAAAUAAUUUGUAAGAUGAUUUUGAAACGUGUUUA